UCCACAGUUACACUCCACAGUUUCACAAGCAGCUUCAGACUCCAUUCACACUCCAAAUCUUGCUCCUCAGUGCCACAUUCUUCCAUCACCGCUGUUCCAUAACCACAAUCAUCCACCGCAUUCUUCCAUCAUCAACACCUUUGGGACUUCCAUCACUCUCGUCGUCGUUGUCAAUCAUCACUCUCGGUCCAUUGAACAAACAGAACCUGGAGUUUUUCUGAGCUGGGUUGAAGCUGAAUCCAAGGUAAUAUAUAUGCAUCAAACUCCCUUUAAUGUAACUGGAAGUCUGGAAGCAUGGACAGGUGGAACCCAUCAUUGUUGAGAUCCAAUUUAAGAGAAAUCCUUUUUAUAAACGCCACUCUCUGAUGCAGUCCAAGUAGGAAAAUCAAAGAUACUAUUUUAAUAAUUUCAGUGUUGUCGUUUUGGAAAAGGAAGAAUUCUUAUAAACUAUAACAAAACAUUGUUGGAAAAUUAUUAGCUACUGCAAUUGGGAUUGCAAAGAAGCCAGAAAAUACUGAAAAAUUCAUUGUUGGUUCUGGAACAUAUUCUCCUGCUUGAAACUUAUACAAAGGACUCUAUACCCGCACUUCAUAAGAUAAGGAAAUAUCUUGUUGAGGCAACUGAAGAAGCAUCGAUUGCAUAUAAUAAAGCAAUCACUUACCAAGUUUUAGGAAGAGGACAAGAGUGCAUUUAACAGCACACAAAAGCAAGCACCGCCAUAAGUUAAUAUCAUCAUCAAUCACUAGCAUAUAUUAGUUAAUUGUUAGAAGAUUAAUUUGUGUGUUCGCUCAGAGAUUUUUGGUCCAAUCCCUUCAACUUUUUGCUUGGAUUUCAGUAUGCAAGGAAUGUUUUCGAUCUACCAAUAAACACGGGCACAAGCGUCAGUUAUCGAGUUAUAUGUUGAGUUUAAAGAAUUAGUUGAGGUUAAUUUACUUGAACCUAACAUCGACUGGACGGUUUAUAACACUGAAAGUGAAGAGGAAUUCGAGGGCACUUAUCAUAUUGUUGGUCCAGUUGAAGAUGUCGAUGAAGAUGAUGUCAUAGUUAAGCCUGACAUUGCAGAUGUGACAAAUGAACUAACGAGCCAACAUCUAUCAAGAGAGCUUUCUUUUAUACAUGCUUUGGAUCUAGACGCUAUGAAUGCACCAGAAUUUUCUGAAUUUGUCAAUGCAGAUGCAGGACGUGAGGUUUCCCGCUGAAGCAUGCUGGAGACUUCUAGAUUCGCGAAGAUUCCUUGUUCUUGGGGACUCUGUUUAGUUUAUAUGUUUUGUUUAGAUACUUUUAUCUCCAUUAAAUAAUACAAACUGUGAUGACUCCUCUUAUGGGAGAUUUUGGAGAAUAGGUUUUAUGUAUUUGUGUCCCUUUGGGUUUCCUUUGGGGUUUUCCUUAUUUUAUCAUAUGUAUAUAUUGUUAUGCUUGGACCGGUUAUCUUCGCAGUCGGAUUCUGAGUCUUGAUAUUCCUGUUUUUGACACUCCUUUGUAUAUAUAUAAUCUCGCGUUGGUUUAUCCUUGUUCGUUACGUUAUCGAUCGGAGUGAUGCGCUUUUGAGUUGCGGUUUUUGUUUACCCCUUUUUCUACAAAGGCUCCUAGUUAUAAUCAAUCAUUCAUACUACUAUACGUACUAAAUUUUUAUUUUAGAGGUCGUAAUACCUUGCCAUUUUUGAAUUAUGACUUAAGCAUAAGACUCUGUAUGGUAGGGUGUUACAUUAUGGUAUCAGAGCAGUUCGUUCCUGUAGAGCCUGAGGGAUGGACUGACUAUGCUUCUGUGCAUUCUCUGUAUGUGUGUUAUGUGCUAUUAGUAUAUCUGCUUGAUAUAAUUGGCAUAAACGUUCAUGAGCAUGCAUUUGGGACUUUGAAGCACUAGAUUUUCGAUAUUGAGACUGAUCAACUUAAUAUCGAUUGUUGGGUGUGUAAAGGAACCAGAUGGCGCCUCGUGGACGCGGUAGAGGUAGUGCGAGAGGUCGUACGAAUGCUCGUGCACCGGAGAAUAACCCUAAUGACCCGGUGAACUUUAUGGCUGCGUUGGAGAACAUGGCUGCUGCUAUGCAAGCCACUGCUGAGGCUCUUGGUCAACAGAUGAACAACCAUGGUAAUGAUGGAGGUGGAGUUCAGGGCCCGAUGACCUUGGCAAACUUUUUGAAGGUUAAUCCGCCUAAGUUCAAGGGAACUACUAGCCCGACUGAGGCUGAUACAUGGUUUCAGGCUAUAGAGCGAGCAUUACAAGCACAAGUGGUACCUGAAGGACAGCGUGUCGAGUUUGCCACUUAUAUGCUCACCGGUGAAGCGUCGCAUUGGUGGCAAGGCAUCCGACGUCUUCUGCAGCAGGGUGAUGACUAUAUCACCUGGAAUGUCUUUCAAGAAGAGUUCUAUAAGAAGUACUUUCCGACUUCUGCUAGGACGGCUAAGGAAUUUGAAUUGUUACAGCUGAAGCAGGGUACUAUGUCCAUAUCAGAGUAUACUGACAAGUUUGAGGAACUGUUCAGGUUCUCUCGUAUGUGCCAAGGGACUCUGGUGGAAUAUGAGGAAUGGAAGUGUGUUAAGUAUGAAGGAGGACUCCGGAGUGAUAUCUUUAGUUCAGUGGGACCAAUGGAAAUUAGGACUUUCUCCGAGUUGGUGAACAAGUGUAGGGUUGCUGAAGAGUGUGUGAAAAGGGCAACCGCUGAGAAAGGGAGUCACAAAGGUUCAUUUCCACAGAACCGAGGGAAGAGCUUUGCACCUAGAGGUCCGUCUUUCAAGAGGGGAGGCUCUUUCAGGAGGCCCAACAACAACAACAAUUUCCAAGGGAAGAAGUUUGGGAAGCAACCUCAGAAUGAACAAGCUUAUGCUAAGUGUGGAAGUCACCAUCCGGGAGCACCAUGCAAGGCCGGAUGGGGUUUGUGCUACAAUUGUGGAAAGGCGGGGCAUAAAGCCGCCAGUUGUCUGGAGAGGCAGAAACAAGGUGCUGGGAAGGCACAACAGACUGGUCGGGUGUUCACCACUUCAGCUGUAGGAGCUGAGGGAUUCGAGACACUUAUUAGAGGUAACUGUGAAAUGGCUGGUCAAACUUUAAAUGCUUUAUUUGAUUCGGGAGCAUCGCAUUCAUUCAUUGCAUUUGAGAAAGCCCAUGAGUUAGGCUUGAAGAUUGUAACCUUAGGUUAUGAUCUAAGAGUGUACAAUGCUACCCACGAAGCCACGGUAACUAGGCUAGGAUGCCUGAAAGUUUCCUUUAGGUUCAAGCAGCGAGAUUUUGUUCAUAAUUUAGUCUGCUUGCCGAUGAUCGGUCUUGAUCUUAUCUUGGGAUUGGACUGGUUAUCUAAGAACCAUGUCCUGCUUGAUUGUUCUACAAAGUCAGUGUACUUUAUGCCGGAUGAUACAGAAGGGCCGGUCGUAGUGAAUAAUUAUUACUUGAAUUCGAUGAUGGUGAACUGUUCUGGAAUCGAAUGUCAGGGUAUCAUGUUGUUAACCGCAGGCGUUUCAGGUGAUGAUCAAAGGUUGGAGCAGAUUCCGGUUGUGUGUGAGUUUCCGGAAGUGUUUCCCGAUGAUAUUGAUGAGUUUCCACCUAACCGAGAGGUUGAGUUUGCUAUUGAAUUGGUGCCCGGGGCGGGACCAAUCUCAAGUGCUCCUUACAGGAUGUCACCGUUAGAGAUGAACGAGCUAAAGUCUCAGUUAGAGGAUUUGUUGGGAAAGAAUUUUAUACGACCAAGUGUCUCUCCGUGGGGCGCUCCAGUAUUACUGGUGAAGAAGAAAGAUGGGAGUAUGCGACUCUGUGUGGAUUACAGGCAGUUGAACAAGGUUACAAUAAAGAAUAAGUACCCAUUGCCAAGAAUUGAUGAUCUCAUGGAUCAGUUACAAGGAGCUGGAGUUUUCUCCAAGAUUGAUUUGCGAUCCGGUUAUCACCAGAUAAGGGUGAGGGGCGAGGAUAUCCCUAAGACCGCUUUCAGGACUCGUUAUGGUCAUUACGAGUACACUGUGAUGUCCUUUGGGUUGACGAACGCUCCUGCGGUAUUCAUGGAUUACAUGAAUAGAGUUUUCCGUCCGUUUCUGGAUAAAUUCGUUGUUGUCUUCAUUGAUGACAUACUAAUUUAUUCCAAGACUGAAGAAGAGCAUGCGGAACACUUGAGGACCGUGUUGCAGAUUCUAAAGGAGAAAAAACUUUAUGCAAACUGUCUAAGUGUGAGUUUUGGAAGAGUGAGGUGAAGUUUUUGGGUCAUGUGGUGAGUAAGAAGGGAAUAGCCGUAGACCCAACUAAGGUGGAGGCUGUGAUGGAUUGGAAACAACCAACCACCGUAACAGAGAUAAGGAGUUUUCUGGGUUUAGCUGGCUAUUACCGAAGGUUUAUCAAGGGCUUUUCACAGAUAGCUUUGCCAAUGACAAAGUUAACCCGCAAAGACACUCCGUUUGUUUGGACUCCUGAAUGCGAGGAGAGCUUUCAGACAUUGAAGAAAAAGUUGACUACUGCACCUGUGUUAGUGUUACCCGAGCCGAAUGAGUUAUUUGAGGUGUAUUGUGAUGCCUCAUUGAAGGGUUUAGGGUGCGUGCUGAUGCAGCAUCGUAAUGUGGUGGCGUAUGCCUCACGACAGUUGAGACCUCAU